AUGAGCGGCGGCCGAAUGCCAUCUCGGUCUGAGGUCAUGGAGUGGAGCCCUCAGCAACUGGCCGACUACCUGAGGAAGAUGAAUCUGUCAGACUGUGAUAGAACUGUUUUGAAGAACUCCAUCAACGGAAAGCGAUUUGUGAACUUGAGUGAGAAUGACCUGCUGAAAUUCCCUAAACUUCUAACACCUAUGAUUUUCAAACUGAGUGCUGACAUCAGCAAAAACGAAGAAAAACGAGGCCUGUUUGGUAAAAUCAUGACGCCUAAAUUUCAUGAACCAGUUUGUGAUGUUCAAAGUUCAGGUGACAAUCAUUCUGACGAUGACGCCAACGAUUACGAGAACCCCGAUGACGAGGACAGCAACAACAGCGAUUACGAGAAACCUGACGACGACGUGAUCCGGCAUUACGAACUGCCCCCCUCGGAACGGCCGGGGGAUUUAUUGGCGCACAAGCUGCGCGAUGCAGUCAACCUCAAAGACAGCCAAUACAUCGUGCUUCCGGGACCGCCGAAAAUCUUCCGCAGCAACAAGCCGGGCCGCAAUUCCUCUCCUAUUCGAGGUCCCAAUUUAGCAGAGAAGCCAAGUGUACCCUCGCAAAGGUCCAAACCUCUGGUCCCACCUCCUUCCUCCUCAACCUCCAUCGGCAGAAGCAACUCCUCUGUCAGGCCUUCAAACAAUGAUACUCCUGAUAUUGAAGGCUGGGAUGAUGACGAGUUUGAUGAUGACGACGACUACGAGAAUCAAAGCAUCAGCGAUGAGGACGAGGCGCCGAAUGACGAUGGGAGUUACGAACCGCCUCCCACGGAACCCUCGGAGGACCUGCCUCACAAGCUGUUUCCGGCUCUGCCAUGCGGAGAUGGCGAUUACAUCGACAAUAGGGACAGGGACUGCAGAGGCCCACCACCAGCAGUGAGUCCUCGCCCACCAGUUUCUCCACUUCCAACCCUUGCGCCUCGCUUGGUACCAACACUGAAGAGAGGGCCUCCGGCGGACGCUCCGGAACCCCCCGCCAGGCCCAGGCAUCUCGGAGGCCCGCCUCCCUCGUCGGUCAGUGUCAGUAGAAGCAACUCUUCCGUCACGCCUUCUCUUCCAAACAGUUUACCUCCUGGUGCCACUCCUUUUGGGUCGCUGCCUCUUAAUACUCAUCCCGAUAACAGUAGCAACCGCUUUCGUCCUCCACCACAAAACCCUCCAUCCAAACAGGGCAUGGACCCUCGCUGGUAUGUUGGUAAAAUGAGCAGGGGCCAAGCUGAAAGUUACUUGAAACAAGUCAGCAAGGACGGGGCGUACCUAGUGCGGGACAGUUCGCAAAAGCAGUCCAACCAGCCGUACACCCUGAUGGUCCUCUUCAACAACAAAGUUUUCAACAUUCAAAUCCGCCACAAGGAUAAAAAAUUUCAACUCGGGACAGGACUAAAGGCCCAGGAGUCCUUCCCCUCAGUGUGUGACAUCAUCAAAUAUCACUCCCAGUGUCAUCUACUGCUCAUUGAUGCCAAGAACCGCUCCUCGGGCCAACAGAAUCAGUGUCUGCUGUCGGAGCCAGCGGGAAUUUACAUGACCGAAAGCCUGUGA